ACUAUGACUCAAGAAGACAGCAGGGCUUUGGCAGGAGCAGAAGGUAUCAAUCUGGCUGUCGUCAGCUUCCCCGGAGCUGAUGGUGGAAAAGUCCAUCAGGUGGACAGUCAUGUUGAAGUGCUGGAUCGACUGGACGUUCUGAUCAAGUGCGUGUCUGAGCUAAAGGAAGAGGUGCGAGCCCUGAAGGAUGGGGUUUCACACCUACAACACAUUGUCAGAGACCAGCUGAGGGGUCGGAGUGGGGAGGAUGUUGGUGCUCGCCGACAAAGCUCAGAAGAUUUGGAGAGUGAAGGAGGGCCAGUGAAGGAGCCGGUGGAUGAACUCACAGCCCUACUGGAGAAAGCCGACCGUCUCCACAGCUGUAAUGGAAGAGAGAAAGCACAGGGCCUGGAUUUACUUAUAGAGAAGAAAGAGGAGUACAAUGAGAAGUGCCAGUAUCUUUGGCGGUUGUCCAGAGCCUACGCAGAUGCUCACGAUUUUGCUGCGGACCUUGCUGAGAAAAAAAGUUGUGUUGCAAACGGUAAUCACAUCUUUUAG